AUGGGUCGGCUCGACCGGAGUGAUACCACGGCCUCGCAGAAAACCGGCGUGAAACAACCACAGCGUUGUGUUUCGCCGUACGGUACGGUACCAGGGCAGCAGAAACUCGGCAUACGAGCAGAGAGAUUACCUGAUGGUAAGCAAUCAACGCCGCCCAUGGACACCCGCUGCGGAGGAGUUACGAACCCGAGGGUACGGCGCGUAUUGUUCCGCGUGCGCCUCAAAGAGCCAAUAGACCACCACAGACGGGGCCCCAUAGGGCUGAUGUUCAGCCGGGGUUGCGGGAUGAUGACCAAAGUGAAAGCCCAGGGCCUGGUCUCCGACCUGAUGCCCAACAUCAAGUUGAUGCAGGCAGCUGGACACUUCCUCUUCAAUUACCAUUCAGAAAAUGGUGGUAUGACCGGCCUUCUUCGUAAGAUCUACGCGAGCACGCAUGCGAUCCUCAUCACCAUACACUUCGCCUGUAUGGGUAUUAACAUGGCUCAGUACUCUGAUGAAGUCAACGAGUUGACUGCUAACACCAUCACCGUCCUUUUCUUCACUCACACUAUCAUCAAGUUGGGAUUCUUUGCGUUGAACUCCAAGAGCUUUUACAGGACUUUAGCAGUAUGGAACCAGUCAAACAGUCACCCUCUGUUCACGGAGUCAGAUGCUCGCUACCAUCAGAUCGCGCUCACCAAGAUGAGGAGACUCCUGUACUUCAUCUGCGGCAUGACUGUGCUGUCUGUUGUUUGCUGGGUAACGUUAACGUUCUUUGGCGAAUCAGUCCGCCUGAUUACAAGCAAGGAAACCAAUGAAACACUGACAGAAGUAGCUCCUCGACUACCUCUGAAAGCCUGGUACCCAUUCAACGCUAUGAGCGGCACUAUGUACAUCAUAGCUUUCGCAUUUCAAGUCUACUGGCUUCUCUUCUCAAUGGCCAUAGCCAACUUGAUGGACGUCAUGUUCUGCUCCUGGCUGAUCUUUGCAUGUGAACAGCUGCAGCAUCUGAAGGCUAUAAUGAAACCCCUCAUGGAACUUAGUGCUUCGCUGGACACGUAUAGGCCUAACACUGCUGAGCUGUUCCGUGCUUCUUCUACGGAGAAGUCAGAAAAGAUUCCUGAUACGGUUGACAUGGACAUCCGCGGCAUAUACUCUACGCAGCAAGACUUUGGAAUGACGUUGCGAGGAGCUGGUGGUAGACUGCAGAACUUUGGGCAGCAGAACAACAAUCCUAAUGGCUUGACUCCGAAACAGGAGAUGUUGGCGAGGUCUGCCAUCAAAUAUUGGGUGGAAAGGCACAAACACGUUGUCAGGUUGGUGGCUUCCAUAGGUGACACGUAUGGUACUGCACUAUUGUUCCACAUGUUGGUGUCAACCAUCACACUUACUCUACUGGCUUACCAGGCUACGAAGAUUAACGGAAUCAAUGUAUAUGCGUUCAGUACUAUUGGCUACCUCAGCUAUACUUUGGGACAGGUGUUCCAUUUCUGUAUCUUUGGGAACAGGCUCAUUGAAGAGAGCAACAUUCAUCUCGUCAUGGGCUUUUUUAGCAGCACUGUGCUGCUCAUAAAUUUGUGCCCCCAGCGUGGCGUAAGGUCGGGGCCCUAUAGGGCUGAUGUUCAACCGGAGUUGUGGGAUAAGCGCAAUGAGUCACCGCAGCCUCGGCCUAGAACAGGAGAAGGAAUGGGGGGCGGAGUGGUUUUAAGUUCUUCAGUGAUGGAAGCUGCUUACUCCUGCCAGUGGUACGACGGCUCCGAGGAAGCUAAGACUUUUGUCCAGAUCGUGUGUCAGCAGUGCCAGAAAGCCAUGAGCAUUUCCGGAGCCAAGUUCUUUACAGUGUCACUUGAUCUUUUUGCUUCGGUACUUGGUGCUGUAGUAACUUACUUCAUGGUGUUGGUACAGCUCAAGUAA